GGAAGUUCGAACCCUAUGCAGGUGAGGUGUUUGUAGUGUUCAAAACUUCGAUUACUGUUUAUGUUCAUUCUUACUGCAGUGAAUUAUCUCUUUAAAGAAAUAAUUUACAUCUCGAUAGGAUUAUUAAAAGGCUAGCCCAAGCCGUCAAAGACUUGAGGUUGCUUGGCUGUAUCAGAUCAACAUAUUACAGGAGGUUACUCAAGUUAAAAGCUGAAUUUAUCAAAAAGUAUCACUUAACGAGCAGUGACGAAGAGGACGACAAUUCAGUUAUCGUCACAGAAGUAGGGACCACUGCAGCUACACAGUAGUGUACUAAUAUUGUCUCAGUAAUGAAUUACAGUGGACAGUCUUCUUUUACAUGAUUUAAAAACUUGUUAAGGUUUGACGUCGCCUUCAUUGAUUUCAGUAAAGCUUUUGACAAGGUUCCGCACAACCGGCUGUUAUAUAAGUCAAGAAAAGUCGGGAUUGGAGGCAAUUUAUUGAUGUGGAUAAAAGACUUAGUAGGGCGUCAACAAAGAGUAAGGGUGAACUCAAAGUUAUGUAACUGGGGAACUGUGCUUAGUGGAGUGCCCCAGGGUACAGUUUUGGGGCCAGUGCUAUUGUUCUUGUAUGUUAUUGACCUUCCUUGGCUCCUAUCAUCAUCGGUCUUGCUAUAUGCUGACGAUGUCAAGAUAUGGAAAACGAUACAAUGUAAGAGUGAUAGCUUAGAACUUCAAAAUGACCUAAAGAAGUUAUCUGAAUGGUCUCAAACAUGGCAGUUGCGGAUAAAUACUUCCAAGUGUGUUGUGAUUCAUAUCGGUCAUCAAGGCACAGAUACAUACACGAUGAAUAACACUGAGCUACCUGUCGUCCAGACAUAUAGUGACUUAGGAGUUAUCGUUAGUCAAGACGUAAAGACUACUACACACUGCCGUGCAAUAGCCUCCAAAGGUUUUAGAACGUUAUGGUCAAUACGUAGAGCUUUUAGUCAUGUCGACGCUAAAACCUUUCUAACUUUGUAUACAGUGUUCGUACAUCCUAAACUUGAGUACUGCAUACAAGCGGCUAGCCGCUGCUUAAAAAAGAUAAUGAGCUUCUGGAAAAGGUUCAGAGAACGGCGACUAAGCUGAUUCCCGGAAUAGCGAAGCUUCCAUAUGAAUCUCGACUGGCCAAGCUGAACCUUUUCCCGUUGUCAUAUCGCAGAACUAGAGGCGACUUGAUUACAGUCUACAAAUUGCUUAGUGAUAAAUUUGCACCUGAUAUGCCCUCAUUUUUCUUGUCUUCCGAAACAGAAUUUACGAGGACACUCCAAA